CCAUCGUCGCCCGCCGGAUCUAUCACCAUUGCCGCGUCCACCCCAUUCCCCCUCCCACUCGACAUUAUUGACGCGUGGCUGGAGCGCCUGACGCGCCCGUCUGGCUGCCUUCCACCGACGCGCGACCCGCGAUGCGACUGCGACAACAUGGCUGAAGAGGCAGCUCCCCCAGAAGAGACGACGCCCCCGCCCGUCGCGAACCCAGACGCGCAGACCACUGUCAACGACUUCCUCGACUACACUGAAUUCUUCCCCUCCGACCUCGUGCGCUCGCUGCGCCUCAUCGGUGACCUCGACCAGACCUACGUCGACGCCACCCAGACGGUCCAUCAGCUCACCGUCAAGUAUGGCAAGCUGCCCACCGUGCCUGCCGGCGAGCGCCCAGACCCCGUGGUCUUGCGCAAGGAGAUUGCUCUGGCCCUCGACAAGGCCAUCUACGCCCGCGAGUCGUCGUACGCAGAAGCGUCGCGGCUGUAUGAGGUUGCUGAGCGCCACAAACAUCGCAUAGGCAUAAUCAAGAGAAAGCUGCAGGCGCAACCAGAGCCGCCUUCCCGCGACCCAACUCCAGUCCCUGUAUCGCCCCAGGCCGCGCGAGGGCUGAUCAGCAAAUUUGGAGCCCCGCACCCGCGCCUGAACUUCGAUGGUCGAUUCGGGAGCAGCUCGACCGCGCGUCCACGCGACCGCAAGAAGUCUAGAGUCCCGCUGCCUGGCGUGCGCAUCCGCACAGCAAGCUUCUCUGACUCGGACGACUCUGAGGUGAGAUCCACCGCUGAUCUCGCUAUAGCCCCCAAAAGACUGAAAGACCACAAGGACAAGCCGCCGCGGCCUCACAAAGUGCGCGUGCGGGCUCCCGGCUCCGGCACCAACGUACACAGCUCAUUCGCAGGCAUCUCCACAAGCAAUGCGCUCGCUCGACUCUCGCCGCCACCCGAUAACGCCAGACCUGGCAGCAAGUGGGCGCCAUGGUUCAAGCUCACCGAAUACGAAAUGGCUGUUCUGAGGAAGAAGAUGAAGAAGAACGCCGUUUGGACUCCAAGUGAGACAAUGAUCAAGCGCCAGCUGGAAGCAGGCGGCCGCGGACAAGAAGCAUACGACAGGGAGAAGAAACGUUGCGAAGAGACAGGCGACGAAUUCCUCGACGAAGAGCCUGCCGCUCCAUCCAUUCGGCAGAUUGUCCCUCCCACCGCCACAGAAAGCCAACCCGCAUCCGCGCAGCCGAUAUCGGCUCCCACCGAGCACACGCCAACCGACACGGAGCCUACCCCAACCGAGCCUUACAAAGAUUUGGACUUGGAAGAAGCUAUAACACCCAAGGAUACAUCUGGAACCAGAGACACAAGGCAGUCGAAGCGGGAUAUCCGCCGUCGACAGGCUUUGCACGAUGCACAGGAACUGGAAAACGCCACCUUGAAGAUCAAGAAGGCUGCCGACUGGAUGCAAGAGCUGGAGCUGGGCUUUAGUACUGCCAGCUCAAAGCGAUCCGCUACAAGACCCUCAAACAAGCGCAAACGUGAUUCAACCCCGCCGCCAGCUGCUGAGACACCGGCCGAGGCGACCAGUGAAUCCUCAUUGGCCUCGCAAGAUAGUGCAACUAAACCACCUGAGGCAAAAAAGCUUCGGUUAACUCUUCCAGUGUCGAACGCUGGAACAUCAACACCUCCGGAACUGACGCCUGUCGGUCCAUCGCCCGGAGUGAAGACUCCUGCGUCCUUCUCGGAGAUGGCCAAGACAACCACUGUGCAAGUACCUCUGGCCCCAGCAGGACCCGGCACACCGAAGAAUGCCAGCACCUCGGAACUGGCAUCGGCCAGCCAGCCUGGUACGCCCGCUGACUCUUCACCUGCUGUUCCAGUCUCCACGGAAGCUGCAGCAUCUCAUACGGAACCUCCGCAGUCCAAUGUGACAGCGGCAUCUUCUCGCCCUAGGAGGGAAUCGGUCGCACCACCAAAAGAGAAGCCGUCAAGUCCAGCUCCAGCCACUGCACCGCCUGCAAAGAAGCAAAACGCGCCGACUCCCCUACCCGAAGCUCCUGCCCCGGCUCAAGGUGCCCGUCCAAGGUCCUCUCGCGGCCACGUACCCACUCCUAAGGCUCAGAGCGAGGAACCCAAGCCUCACGAGCCGGGCCAAAGUGUACGCGAAACCCGCCGUCACAGCAUCUUCAGUCAAUCUGCGCUCGCAACUCCAGCUCCCGCUCGGCGCACUCGUAGAAAAGCUCCACCCAAAGGGGAAAUAUCGCAUGGCGAAGAUGGUCAGAUGACGGUCACCAACGUGAAACGGGCACAAGGCACCAAGACCGCAAAGAAGAAGAAGCCCGAGGAGGAGUCUGGACCUGCCGAAGAAAUCGACGAAGAUGAGGAGCGAUACUGUAUCUGUGACGGUAUUAGCGAAGGGUCGAUGGUCCGUUGCGAUAACGAUUGCGAGAAAGAGUGGUUCCAUUUCGCGUGUGUAGGCCUAGAGGGGCUUCCCGCUCGUCGUGCCAAUUGGUAUUGCCCCGACUGCAGGGUCGCCUUAGGCACCGAUGCCUACGGCAAACCAAAAGUGCCACCUCCGCUGCCGGGCAGAAGAGGAAACAGCCACUGAGGAGUCUGGAAUAGACUCUACACAGGGCUCUACGUUCACG